GAGCACUUUUCACUUUAUUUUUUUUGCGAAACGCACGUUGAGUUAACACAAUUGAAAAGUUAUUUUGAAUAUAAAGCUGAACAAUUUCAGCGCGUUCUUUUGGAGUGUACUGUUCCAUGGUAUAAAUUGCUGGUUAGUGAACAACGCAGAAUCGUGGGUCGUGUCAGCUGGGACGACCUAUCUUAUGGGCGCGCAAUGUAACUGAACAGUGAAAAACGCUACUCUGACGUGACGUUGACGUGAGAAUCUGCGACAUUUGGAUUUUUGCCGUCGCAAACGUCUCAGCUGAUUGCUCUCUCACAACGCAGGGUUGCCAAUAUCGAUAUACUGCAGUAAUUAUCAACUUUUAUAAUUCAAUCUGUUCAAUAUGUUUGAAAUUUUCUUAAAAUAACUCAAAAUCAGAGUCGAAUGCUAUUAUUUAUAAAUAUAUAAACUAUUUUUAAUAGUUUGUUUUUAGUUUUGAUAUUUUAUAUUGUAAAAAAUUGUAAUUGAAAACAAAGAUGUGCUCAAAACUAUAUAUGCGUAUUGGGCAAUGGCAACAUUGUUCAAAUGAAAACAAGCGCCAUUAAAACAAACGUCAAAUCAAAGAGUUUGUUGGAUUUUUAAUUUGUGCGUAUAAAUAAAAAAAUGGAUGACGAAAAACUUAUUAGUUUAGUGGAAAGUAAAAGUGAGUUGUACGAUAAGAGCAAUACAUUUUACAAGCUGCAAUCAAGAAAGGAUGCCUUGUGGAACGAAAUUGGGAGGGAAUUGAACGCAAGUGGUAAGUUGCUUUGUUAUGUUAUUGUUUAUGUUGUUAAUAAUAAAUAAUUAUAUUUUUAUAGGAGAAAUGUGUCGCCGUAGAUGGCUGACACUUAGGGACCGGUACGGGAGGGAAGCGCGGAAGGCUAACGCCCCCUCAGGCAGCGGGACAGAAUUUCAAAGACAGUGGCAUCUAUUAGAUUCAAUGAAAUUCCUCAAGCCACAUAUUUUGCCGAGACCCAUUAGAUUUUCACACAAUAUUUGUGUAAACGAUAUUGCUACUGCUACGGGUCAAUCAACAGACGAAACAUUGGUACAAGGAGAUGCGCAGGAGGAAUCACCACCAUUAUGGCCCUUGUCGCCAAACGGAAUAUCACCGCCGUCGCCAUCGCCUCCUUUCCCCGUGGCGCAAAGUAUACCAUCCCCGAGUCCUUCGGCAUCAACCUCGGUUCCCUCACCAUCCUGCUAUACGCAAGUUGCAAACAACAGGGGUAGAAAGCGAGGGUCAUCUGGGCCAACUUCUAGCGAGGUUGACCAGAAGAUGAUUGAAGCCAUCGAGGUUUUCAAACAUAAAAUCGAAGCUAUACAACCUACCCAGCAGACUCAACAACAACAAAGUACAAAUCCAGCUGUAAAAUCAUUCACCUCAUUAAUGGCUUCCAUUUUAAACAAAAUGGACGAGGCAAAGCAAACGAGAGCUAUGGAAAAGGCAUUACAGGCUGUGUUUGAUGUGCAGAAUGAGUAAACAUGAAGAUAUUUCAUAACAACACUGAAAGAUAUAGUUAUUUUUAAAUUAUAAUUUUAUAUUUAUUUAUGUGUUUAUUUUCGUUAUCAUUAGUCCAUUAGU